CACAUAUAUAUAGGCACCAUUUAUCUUUCAUGCACGCUUUUCCUUGAGAAACCUUUCCCUUCCUCUCUCGCCCUGGAAACAACGCCAGCAACGAUCUCCCUUUUCCCGGUUCGCCUCCGUUCUCCAUUUCUUCCUUUGCUCCUCGCCCCCGUCCCAAUCCUCCUCUGCACAAGCGACCGGCGAGACAUACAAACCGAGCAGAGCGAUCGGCCGUCGCGGUGAUCCACUCCGCCCAAAUCCAAUUUGCAGGGCAGUCCCUAUAUUUCGCAGCACCUCGUCAGCCACACAAUCACCCAGAGGAGUUACUAAUCAAGAAGGCAGGAGAAAAAAGAGGAGACCUAACAAUAGUAAAUUAGCUAGGAGACUGAUUUGAUUGAUGGAGGACAAGAAGAAGGACCUGCUACGGCGGCUGACCAUCAUCUCCAUCCCGUUCGUGUUCGUGGCGAUCCCAUCCAUCGUCAUCUUCGUGGGCAUGCUGUCCCCGCACGCGGCGGGGCCCAAGGUGGCGAUGGCGUCGCCGGAGCAGAACCACACGGUGGGGAUGCUGAGCACCAUGACCGGCGGGCAGAUGAUCCUGAGCUGCCGCGCCGCCUUCGCCGGCAACUGGGAGUACUUCCACUACUUCAUCCUGGACCCCUACAAGCCGCAGCACGCCUUCUUCCAGCCCCAGACCGACCACUACGCCAUCCUCUGCAAGUGGGGCUACAUGGGCAACUUCCUCCAGGACGUGGUCGUCUUCAACAGCAGCGAGCCCUACGCCAAGCUCUGCGCCGUCAACGCCGGCGGGUGCCGCUACCUGUUCCAGGAUGGCCAGAUGUUCCUCGUCACCGGGAGGCACGCCACCAAGGCCGCGCCGUGGCAGCACCGGGAGAAGAAGCUCGUCGGAGACGUGCUGCUCAGAGACUGCAAGCACAUCCUCGGCAUCUUCCCCACCAUGUGCCACUACACCAAACACGACCACCAGUACGUCGGCAAGAUCAUCAGCCGGUGGAGCUGGUGGUUCAACUACUAGCCAAGCCGGCUGGCCAUUACCGCUAGUUGGUUAAGAGUUUAGCUAGAUGUAACAUCAAUAUUUUACAGUGGUCAUGUCCAAGAAAUGCUGUCAGAUUUGACAAAGCAAUCAGGGCUCAGGAUACCCAUUUCUUGGAAUCGGGUCAACUUGUAUAUA